AGGUGGCGCUGAUGCAGGAAAGCCCAAACACCAAGAGAAGAAGAAGCCGUGUCAGAAGCGCAGCAUGAUGGGAUAUGAGAGUCCUCCGGCGGCGCGUUGCCGCCAUGUCACCUAGAGAGAAACGCUUAGUGCUUCUCUCUUUUUUAGGCGUAGUUAGUCUCGCUCUUUAUUAUUUCCCUACAUUUCUUUACGCGACUUUAAUUAUCGCAGUUUGUUGUAUUGUGUGUUACUAUCGCAGCGGAGGACCGCUUCCCGCCAGGCUAGGCCUGAAUCCGCGGGCUGGACUGAACGUGCCAGGUGUGAUCCGGCGCUGGUUGCUGGGUUGGGGGGUGACCGGCGUGUCGGUGGCCGCGCGGGGGAGGACGAGGAGCAGCGGCGACAGAGCCGAGUUCCGGGAACCAGCGGGACAUUUCAGACAAAGGACCAGCGAGAGCGGGAUUUACCGAGGGGAAGCUUUGGCAAGUGACUCGUUUCUGUUCAGUCCCCGGGAUUUCCUCAUGGGCAGUUACAUCGGAAAACCCGAAAGUCCCACCGCUGAGCCCGGGAGGCCGAGGGCUGGGAGAAACCCCCGAGAGCAGCUGCGGGAGAAGCUCUCCAAACCCAACCAUGCCGUCUAUACCCCCAACAGGAGGCUGUCAUUUGCUGGGGAGCCACUUGGCAAAGUGGGCAGGUUCAACAUUACCCCCCAGCGUCACUACCCACUGCAGCAGCCUGGUGCCUCAUCAGUGGGCAUCCUACCUCCUGUCGGGUGGGACGGCUUCAGAAAGAAAAACAUCCUCAGCCCAAGAAACUCCCCGGCCGCCCUCAGUCCUGUCACUGUGAAGAUUGCCAGGCCCAACCACAGCACCCCCAGUUUGGAGCAUCUAAGUUGUGCCAGGCUUCCCAUGGCCCCUGCGGACCCUUGCUCCAGAGAAAGUGUCCUCAGGGUGUUGAAGGAAAGUCGCAAGAGAGAAGUGGAGGAUGACGACAGGAGCUUCACAACUGAACAGAAAAGCAAAAGAAGACGUAAUGACAGUGGAGGAAGUGCACACUCUGCUUUUGAGCCUCUUUUACCCAAUGGGACACUGUCACAGUUGGUCCCUAAGCCAGGAAGCCUGAAAAGAGGGAUGUCCUCACUGGCGGAGGAGUCCAUCAUGAAGAGGUCUCGCACCUCCUCCAUCAGCUCUGGCAGUGGGGCCCAUGCCCCUAGAGGGACCCCAGGCACCAGGAGAAACCCCAUUCACAGCUCCUACAGUUCAUCGCAAGGCCUUAGCCAGUGGAAGAAACCGUCAACACCCAGCUCCCCUCUGUCCAGCCCUGGAUCGUCUCGCUGUCAGACUCCAGAGGGAGUCGCCAAAAGAGCAAGAGAGGAUGACAGACAGUCCCCCAGUGCAGCAUCCUCUGUGAGGUCAGAGCAGACGGCCUCCGACAAGGCUCCUGUAACUUCCAAACGGACCCCAGUCCCCAAGGUCCCCGUCACUACCUCAAUAGACUCUACUGGUAGUGGUGGGAAGAGAAAAAGGAAGAUCCAGUUGGUGUCCAGCCACCGUGACGAUCAGAUCUCACUGCCCCCGCCUCCAGAGCUUGGCUACAGCAUCACUGUGAAAGACUUGGAUGAAGAGAAAAAGGCUGCCCUCAGCAAGAUCCAGAAAGUCCUGGAGACACCUGCUCCAGAGCCAGAGAAGUCUGUCUCUCCCCCGACCACCACUUCCAGCCAGAUGACCGCCUCCUCUACCAGCUCUACCGCCGCCACCACCCUGAGCAGCCUUCUCGCAACUCCUCUGCCUACAGCCUCCAGCACUGCCAUCCCAGUCAUCAACCUGGAUCCCAGUCCAGGCAUCAGUGUCAGUACGGCACCUGCAGCUUCCAGCCCGCUGCUGGAGGCGCUGAAGAUGAAGGCCGGCACUCCUGCUAGCUCCACGCCUGCUGCCAGCACAACCCUAGGUACGAUCACGUCACUGAGGGGAAGUUCUAAAGUCAUCUUGACAAUAUUGUUCAUUUUUAAAAAUCUUCAGUCUCUUUGA